AUGAAUUGCCGUAAUGAAGAUGGUAGCAGAGGACAUUGUCUCCCAGUAGGUACGAUAAUAUCAUCAAGAGCCCGUCAGAUCAAAGAGAGUAUCGGGGACUUGAACUCACAAAUGGCCUCCGGGUACUACUGGUAUCGGAUCCCACUACAGAUAAAUCUGCCGCUGCAAUGGAUGUUAAUGUCGGAAGCCUAA